AUGGCCAAGAAUAACAUAUUUCCUCAGCAUGGGCUCACCAGUAGGCAGUUGUGCGACAAGUGCCGCAACCACAUAAAGUUCUCCAAAAAGCGUGGUCACAAAGGAAAAUGCCAGUUCGAGAAUUGUAAAUGUGCAUACUGUCACCUGACCGACAUGCGUCGGCUUAUCAUGAAGCAUCAGCAGAGAGUGCGACGGGCGAACGUGACGGCCAAGGUGUUAUCGUUCGCUAAAUUCUCCAUCGCGGAUUUCACAUUCCGCGUCCGGCUUAUCUCAAGUGAAAUCGAUGACGACGAAGACAGUAAAAGCGAGAGCCACGAAGGAGCUCAUCAGAACGAUGGUGCUGAGGCCUUAGAAAGGGACAUCAACGAUGAGGGAAACAGUGAAGAAGCUAUUGUUGGGGCUAUAAAAGCGGCCACUCUUACCAUAGAAGCUUUAUCCAAACAUUUUGGACUGAUUUCUUCAACAGGCGUCGUUCCACGCACGAAUAAAAGCUCUGCAGUCAAUCGACCCCCUCUGAAAAGAAAGGGUACUCCCCCUAGUGGGAUCCUUCAAGCCGAUGCCCUGUCAACUUUGGUGCAGUUUCGGGCCACCCAAACGUUGCCGCCGACCGUCAUGACGAACUAUAACGUUCAACUAUACCCCGACCUCGUCCCUAAUUCUUGGGAGAAACCUGACAGCAGGCUGUCUCCACCUGGCAGCAGUUUGUCUCCGCCUGACAGCAGGAUGUCUCCACUUGACAGCAGGAUGUCUCCACCUGACUGCAGGAUGUCUCCACCUGUUUCCGUGGCUUCUUAUUCCAUCGCCAAUUAUUCCCCACAAACGCCCACGCCCAGCCAUGCGACAGCUGCCAUCUACGAGGCCACCGCACCCAUUAAACAGGAGAUCAAAGACGAAGAUGGCUGGCCAAAUACACCCGCCGCAGAACCAAGUUUCAUCCACCCUCAUUUCUCGCCUGCACUGCCGCCUCAUAAAGGAGCCCCAAUGUUGCUUCCUCCUUCGCACUCAACGUACCUGAACCGCAUGCCACCAUUUUAUCCGUUGGUGUCACAAGCAAACGAAGCCGGUGCCGCGCCACAGAUGUUCUCGCCUUUUCGAGGUAAUAUGCCUCCGAUGUUCAGCAGUGCGUGCUCGUUCCUGUUUAAAAAGUCGCCUCAGUCGGACUACAGUUCCAUGUCGAAAGCACUCGACUCGUGCAAAAAUCGCAGCAUUAGGGACAUGCGUGAGGGCUGCCACAACUAUGAGAACGACAGUGGCGUCGCUGAUCGUGAUGAGUUCAUGUACGAGAAACUGUUCUCCCGCGGAGUAAUCGGCCACUCCGCAGAACGUAUAACUGUGCGAGACAGCAUAUCUGUAACUCAGACUGCUCCUUCCAACGCUCCUGAAGGGUUUGACUACUUCGCUAAAAUGGAACUCCAAAGGGACAUCGACUAUAGGGACAUCGACUAA